AUGGCACAACCUGUCGAUGCAAGGAAUCCUGUCCAGCCCGAGACACUACGAUCCCAGCACAAUGUCGGGCAAGAUGCUGAUGCUAAUUCCAUGCCUGGUGACACUACGGUCAUCACCACAGCGACGCCAAAACGUCAAUAUCUCAACCUGAAUCCUCUAAAGAAGCUCGAUUUGCCCCAUCAUCAGGCAUACAACAACGCUGCCUCAGAUCAUAAUGUAAGCUUAGUGCACUUUCUCGACAGCCUCUUUAGCGAAGUACGAAGAAUUCAAUUCGAUGAAGGUUUUGAGAACCGCGGGACCUGGAGCCCCGACAGUGGAAAUGUAAUGAUGCCUCCAUUGAACGCUACGGAGAGCAACGAUGAGAUUCCUGUCCCAGUCUCGGUCGAGAAGCGCAUCAAAGACUUGAACCAAGCCAAAUGGGCAGUCAGGACUUCUACUCAUAGCAAUACCCAUGUCAAGUUUUCCGAGUUGGGCGACCUGCUGGCAAAAGACCACAGUCGCAAUGAAGCUACCUAUACGCCGAGCGUUUUCGACGCCAUCGAACUUUUGAAGUGGGACCACGAAGAACUAUUAAAGGCUGUACAGCGCUCAGGUCACCAUGAGGAAAUUCACAAUGUAGAAAUGUUUAUAUCUCAAAUGUUCCAUAUGAUGCCCAAGGUCGCUGGCCUUAGCUUACUACAAGAUCGUGUAUUCCAUGUGUUCGUCGUCACAGCAAACACAUACCAGAAGGAGGCUCCUUCUGAGCUCUGCAAAUCAUUCACAGUUCAGCUUCCGAUUGAUUAUGUAUCGUUCGGCGAUGUCAAGAUCGUACAAGAGACGAGUCGAAUGAAGAUGCGAGGUUCUUCCCAAUGCUACCAUUUCCCUUCCAGCGCGGAGUCUGGGUCAACACCUGAUGCAAACCAGAAGCAGCGACAAGGGAAGAAGCUGACAGAGGGUACCUACGUCUCAUUGGAAAGGCUCAUUGGAGCAGACUCUGCGAACAACGACCGUCAUCGUUGGGAUAUGAUGACGUUGAGUACGGCGGGAGGCAUGACACGUAAGGCUCCGAAAGGUGUCCAGCAAAAAGAAACACUGGAAGCGAUUGCGAUGGACGUGGAAACUACGGGCAAGCCCCAGGCUAUCAGCGGCCAGGACGCACGACAAGCUUCACCGGACAGGCUGGCCCUCCACCAGUGCCACCACCGCCCCCUGGAUAUGGAGGUUUACCAAACAUCCGCUCCCCAAGCCCACGGUCAAUGGGCUGCGCCGACGCCAACACACACAUCAGGCCCAUGGAAUCAAGCGCAACAACAAGGGACGGGAGGAUACAACCCAGGCACAUAUGGCACUAUGCCAGGGGCGCAGCAUCAUUCAUACCAACCCCCGCCUCAGCAGGAUCAGCCUCCUCCGCCUCCGCCGAAACCCUAUGGCUUCGCAGCGGCAGUCCAACGGCAAGAGCAACAGCAGCAGAGCACGCAGAAUUGGUCGCAACAACCGCAACAGAACACCGGGUACGCUCCUCAUGCGCAACAGGGAGGGUAUCCAGUGCAGGGAGCGCCACAACAGCCCUAUCAUCAAGCAGCUCCUCCUCCGCCCUCUACCACACCUGGCAGGCCAAAUUUCCCUUCUUCACAAGGAGGACGGCCCAGCUCCGUCUACGGUACAGGACAGCCCUCCACGGUUACAAGUCCGAACGAGCAGCAGCCGGCCUACACACAGCCGCCUUCUAAUGGACAUGGUGCACCAGCAUACGUUCCUCCUCCCCCAGUAGCUCCAACAUGGCACCAGUCACAACAUGCGCCCCACCAGGGCGGCGCAAACAGCUUCACGCAACCUAGGCCAACCGUGGACACUGGUAUUUACUCACAAGGUUAUCAUAGUGCACAGCAGCAACAAGCACCACCUCUGCCUCCACGACAUAGCCUACAGAGCCCGCAACAUUCAGAGCACCACCAACCUCAGUACGGAUAUCCAACGCCUGAUCAAUACCCACCACCAUCGCAGACACCUCACCAGUUCCAGCAAUCGGCAGGCCAAUACCCACAGCAGCAGCAGCAGCAACAUCAACACCAAGGUCAUUUCGGGAGUGUGGUACCAGCUCAGCAACAGCCCGUCGGACAACCAGUAUAUCCACAAGCACAAUCGCAUCAACAGCCCGUACAGCAACAACACGGAUAUUCACUGUAUGAACAGCACGGUCAGCCCCCUUCACAAGACUCGCACUUCCAGAGACCGUGGCAGUCUGCAUCUCCUGCGCCUGGGCCCAAUUAUCAACACAAUAUAGCACAGACGUAUGAGCCGCACCAGCAGCCCUCGCAAUCAGGAAAUCAAACACAAAGUUCUUUCUCGGGACAGCAGUACUCUCAGACAACAAACCAAGAGGUUCAAGAACCAAAGCCAUUCAAUCGAAUUGAUACCGCUACGUCUAAUUUCUACCAUCAGCCAAGCCCACCGAGUCAACCCGUGUCUCCGAUAUCGAAUCGUCCGAGUGUAAGCUCCGCGUCUGGUUACCAGCCCGUGUCUGGGCGCACCGACUCCGUGAGCUCCAUAGCUCUUGCCAAUCUCUAUGCACAGCGAGCAGAGAACAAGACAUCCUCGCCAAACCCUCCUGCAUCCAAACUACCUAUACCACCUCCACCCCGUGAUGACAAGUCGAGGUUUAGUGUGCUAGCUGCUGGAGCGCCUUCUGAUUGGGAACACUUGGGUGGCAGUGAGGAAAUCGACGACGAAGAACUCUUCGGAGUAAAGAGAGAGGAAAAGAAAAGCGAGACUAUUCAACCGGAAAGCGUUGAGCUGCCUGCCCACGGUCCAUCUCCUCCCUCCACGCAUGGAUUUCCCAGUCCUGCAGUACGUCCCGCACACGUGAGUUCGAGCGAGUGGGACGAAGGCUAUACACCCACACCGCCAUCUGUAACGACAAGUCUUGCUGAGCGACAAGGAUCACCGUCGCCCAACCAAGGGUUCGCAGUAGAAGAUGCCAUCGUAGCGCCCUUGAGAACUACACCAAAACCUAUGCACGGUACGAAGCCUCCUCAUCAACCUGCUUUGUUCGUAACAGAGUCUGCCAUGACCGAAGGCGGAUGGAAUCCAUCACAACACACCCCGACACAACCAAAGCAUCAUUUCAAAUCACAGAAUAACAAUGUAUUUCAAGAUGCAGAGAUCCCCAGUCAUGAUUAUACUGUGAAGUUGAAAGAGAAGGAUGACCUUCUCCGUCAGCUGCGCGCAGAUGCAGAACGGGAAAGUGCUGAACUACACGCGAGGAUUGAGGCACUACAAGCUGAGAAUCAGAAACUCUCAUCUGAGUAUCAAGCCAACAAGACGCACAGCACGAGCGAGAUGAUCGUCUUACGUGCGCAAAUUGAGACUAUGAGAACAGCAGCAGACCAGGCCACUGCCAAUUCCGAGGCUUUAGUGAAGGAAAAGAACAUGACAAUUGAAAGACUGCAAGAAGAUGUGGAAGGCAAAGAACAUAAUAUUGAGGAGCGUGACAAUAUUGUCGCUGAGCUGAAACGCCAACUUGAAGCCGAAAAGCUGAGAGAGUUGCCGAAACCCACCCCUUCUGAUCUUAUCUCGGAUAUCGACCCAUGGUACGUUGGCUCAUUAGAGCGAUACAUAGCUAUGCUUCGUAGUGAGGCAACAGCACCACUAGUUGAAGAGAAGAUGAAGAUUUUCAGAGCGUUUAUGAAGGUAGAGUCUAGCAUGCGGGCAAUCAACUUUUUUGACGCCUCAACGCAAACGCUUCCAGUAGUGCCAGAGGUGCCGCACGAGACAGAUCAAGUUGCGCGCUCUCGUGCAGCUUCAGACAUGUCCACCAGGAGGCAGGACCUGAACAUACAAGUUCCGCACAGGUCUGCAUAUGAAGACGACUAUGAAUAUAGUCCUGGUGGAAGACCUAUUCUGGCACGUCAGAGUACGAUACCGCCUAUUGAGAAUUACCAGGGUGCUCCAAAGGCACCUCCUUCGGUAGUAUCAACAACAAUCCUAACCCCGACAAGCUCUAUUGACGACGACACGAACAAAACGCCAGUACAGUCGUUGCCCGAAGAGCAGGUGCAACCUCAAUACAAGGCAUACGUUCCUCCUGCUAGCAUAUCUGUCGACCCUCAGCUGAAGCACAGACAAACAAUGUCUUUCUCCAAUACUCCAGUUGUGGCUUCACCGUCAGGGCGUAGGAGCAGCAAGGGACAUGAUGAGAUCUUCUUUGAAGCUCAUCGAGCGACUGCGCAGGCGCCUGUUGCUCAACCGUCCAGUAGCGAAGCAGAUGUUCCUUUGCCCGCGCCAUUGACUCUAACUCCACGUCGCCCAACGUCCACCGCUGCACCAUCGAAAGAAGAUCCCAAUCAAGUUCUCAAAAGACUGUUGUCGAAGCAAAUCGAUUCGGACCUUCCAAACCGCCGGAUACAGGACCUUAGAGCUAAGCUAGCGGAUGUUGGGUCAAAAUCCAGCAAGGUCGAAGAGCUUACCAAGACAUGGGAGAAGUCAGCAUCUCUAAGCCGCCGCAAAAAGGAUGACGCUCGUCGCAAGCGCCAAGAAGAGAACGAGGAGCACAAUGACGAUUUAUUCAACAGCAAUGAGAUUUCGUACGCAGAGAUGAACCAGCUCGAAGAAGAGUUCAAGCAGAAAGAAGCAGAGCUCAAAGCACAAGAAGACAGAGACGAAUAUCAGAGUUAUGUGGACGCCGUAUUCGACCCGGUCUUCACUGGCCUACAUGGCGAGAUCAAGGUCCUCAUGGAUCUGUAUGUCGAAGCUAAGCAGCUACUUCAUUCCUCUGUACGUGGACUCAGGAGUCUAGAGGGAACAGAUGAUCCAAGCACGAAAGACUGCUUCGAACUGCUAAGGGAUGUUCACGAACAGAUCGAGAAGAGACACGACAGCGUUGCUCAGCUCGUUGCAGAGCGCGACAAACGCUAUAAAAAGACCGAGACGCAACCUCUGUAUGCCGCUGGCAACAUCAGCCAGAUGAAAAUCGUAGAGAAGCACUUUGAGAACGCUGAGAAACAAGCCGUAUUUGGAGUUAAGCGCGAGAAGGCUGAGCGUAUAAGCGAGCUUGUCCGAAUUAUUGGGGAGAUCGUCGUCGAUGCAGUGAGCGAUGAGCAAAAAGAAAUCGACUACGUCAUUGAAGCUAUCAAAGAUCUCAAGGACGGUACUGGCGACCCGGAGAUCCUCUCUCACGCACAAUCGAUUCUCAAAGCCCUGAAAAAGUCAUCCAAGGCUCUUCUCUCCUUCUUCAAUACGCUGGAGAUUGAAUCUAACAAUGCUGACAUAGAUGCCGAAAUUGCACAAGUGAAAGCUGAUAAGGCGGACGCAGAACGUAUAGGAGAAUUGGAGGCUGAGAAAAAAGAAGCUAGGAAGGAGUUAGUGGAGGAAUUCGAAAGGAGAAUUCGUGUGCUAGACAGCAACGAGGGCGAAAUUGCGGAGUUGGCGCGAAAGAAGAUGAGGAAGAGUGGCGAGGACGCAGAGAAGGAAGAGCGGCUACGAACCGCAUUAGAAGAAGCGAAAAGGCGAAAUGGACAUGCCUGA